ACUGUGUGGCAUGUGAACGGCGCUGGUUACUUGACUGGACUGUCGCUGCUUCUGGACCCUGAACUCGAUGAAUACUUCUCCUGGCCCUUCUCCUUUCGCGGGCUGCAGGUGUUGGUGCACGCGCCGUACAACUACCCUGAUGUAACAGCUAGGGGCGUAAUAAUAGGAUCGGAUCGCGAGGCAUUCAUGCAGAUUUCAGCAGAAUCAACAUACACUUCCGAUAAUUUACGUCAUUUGUCUCCUCACGAUAGAAAAUGCUUUUUGAAGGAAGAGAACAGUCCUAACAAGAGUCUCGGUGGCACCCAGUAUUCAUAUCGAAAUUGCAUGGUUCAGUGUCGUUUGCAACACAUGAUAAAGUUAUGUCAGUGUGCUCCUUUCAAUUAUCAUUUUUUUAAGAGUUCUAAAACUUGUGGACUUGCCGACAUUGAAUGCUUAUCAAGAUAU